CCUUUAAGAAAGUUGAAUUCUUUGCUUCUACGCCUGGGUGCUGGCCCUCCAAUAUCCCGGCCCCAUCUGCUCCAUUCAUUACGCUCUUUCCGCUAUCCAGCUUCAUACACAACAUGGAGGAAAAUCUGCCGCGUCCUUCCGGCCUCAGACAACCGGCAAUAAAAGCCUUCUCCUCGUCAACACAGACGCUUGCCCCUCUCAAUCCAGUAUCCGACUCCCAGAACAAUGCACGUGCCCAGCCUACGAAUAUGGGACAGCACGGCGGGCAGAAGCGCAACGCCCCGGCGCCAGUAUUCGGCCCGGAAGCUAAGCGGAAAACCCCAGGAGCUGGCUCGCAACAUCAGAACAAGCCCGCUGGGACCUCAAUGAUGCCCAGGCCUCCAAAGCCAUCGAAUCUCAUAGAUUUGAACCAACGGCCAGCUACAAGCAUGAAUACAGCCGGUUCCCGACAACUUUCCAACAGCAGCCACACAUCCAAUACUAGUUAUGGAAGCAGUAUUGGGUAUGGCGCUCGACCACCAUCGCGAUCUCAUACGAGAACACGAUCAGCCACUAGGCCUGCCCGACCAGCGACUUCGAUGGACACGACGAGAGAAGAUAAGCAGAGAAGUAAUGUCAUCGAGGAGGACGAGCAUAUUAAAAAAAUGACCAGCCAAAUAGAAUCCUUCAAGACCUUCAUUCAGUCCGCCGAGAAUAUCAGCACUACCGUGAAGGAGGAGCUCGAAUCGUCAAAAAAGAGAGGUAGGGAUCGUACCUAUGGAUGGAGUAGCGUCUAUGGGAUGGCCAUACUGACCUUAUCUAGUGAUUGCCUUAGAAGAGGAGAGGAUUGAACUACAUACAGCCAGACAGCGCCUCAAAGAUGAACUCCAAGACGCGGAGCGCCAUGCCCGCAAGCUCCAAUAUGAUUUAGAAGAACAACAGAGCCAACAUGAAAGGAAAUACAAGAUUCUGGAAGAGGAUCACAAAAGAGAGCGUGAACUUUUGGAUGAUGAGUUCAAGCGAGAGCUGGAUAAGAACCAAAAGCUUCAGCAAGAGUUCGAAACUCGAUGUGGGGCGGAAGCUGAAGCUCGACUGGAAAACUUAUCACAGGACAAUAAAGAAUUACGAAGCACGCUCGAAAGGCAAAAGCGAGAUCAUGAGCAUGAGAUAAGACUACUGCACGAGGCGAUCCAGCGGCGAGAUUCCGACGUGAGGAGGAUUGAGGAA